AAUUACCGAACAUCGUUAUUUUUCAUCCAUCAUUUCGGAAAAAUACUACGAAAACUUCCACUUCUGAUAGUUCUUGAAGAAAAAAUUUCUCAAAAAUUAAUAGGGAACUGUGAUAAUAUAUUAGAUGCUGAAGAUCCAACCUCGAUCCUAUUAAAAAGGUGUCAAGCGGGAUAGUUCCAGUAAUUGAGUUCAUUGGGCUUGGUUUCUGAGAAGCUGAGCGUGUUUCCAUAGCCAUAAAUAUUAAGAGAUAACAAUGAAUAAGCAUGAGCCGAUUUAUCAAGUUUUUUUCAAUUCUUGUGUUGUGCAUAGUGACUUUUCUAAUAUUCGUGAGGGUCGUUGAGAAGAGUAAAAUCGUCAGUGAAGACCGCUAUUCAUCGCUGAAACCAAAGUCAUUGUCGAGCAAAAAAUUGUUGACUCUAGAAAAUUUUGAAUACACGAUUGUUCCUUCCCACUGUAAUGGAACGUUGCUGGCAUGGAUCGUAACAUCGUUCGCAGGGGACGUAGGCCCUCGUAGUGCGUUACGACGAGCCUAUGGAAGCGAUGAGCUUCGAGAAUUAGGAAUAACCAGAGUAUUUUUGCUCGGUAUGUUGGACGAAUCGGGGUCAAAAAAAUCGGGUGUAACAGAGUCUGCGAUACGAAACGAGGCGGAACGUUUUGAUGACAUAGUGCAGGGUAAUUUUAACGAGGCUUAUCGAAAUUUGACGUAUAAACAUUUAAUGGGUCUGAAAUGGGCUUCGGAUAAUUGUGCGAAUGCGCGAUACAUAGUUAAACAGGAUGAUGACAUCGUUGUUAAUUUGUAUGAAAUCUUGAAUAAAUUAAAAAGCUUUGCGAAUGAAACAGAUGUUUUUGGAGGUUAUGUUUUACGAGGUAUGAAGGCGGUACGCGAACCAGCCAACAAGUGGUACGUUGAAAAAGAUGAAUACGAGGGUGAUACGUAUCCCGAUUUUUUGUCCGGUUGGCUCUAUUUCAUAAGUCGCCGAAUUGCCGCCAUUUUAGUGCAACAUAGCAACACGUGCAAAAAAUAUUUUUGGAUCGAUGAUGUUUUCAUCACGGGAAUCCUUCGUCAUGAAUUGAAUAUUCCUCUCAUAGAUUUUCGACAUUUCUACGCAACCGACUAUAGAUUUUUACAUUGUUGCAUUGAAGGCGUUAAAAAAAAUCUCAAAUGUGAAUUCGCUGUCGGACCUAAUGGUGGGAAAACCGAAUUGCAAGUAGAUUUUCAAAAUUACGCAGCCUUCUGUCAAAAUCAUUGUGAGCUUCGGAAACCUCGCAACUCUGUCGGCAAAACGUGCGUUGUUGAAUAUGAAAAAUCAUCGAAUGUUGGAAUCGGUAGCGCCCAAAUUAACCCACUUGAAUUUACAUAGCAUCGUUAAUUUUCUCUUCAUUCCAGUAAUCCCUUUGUAAAAAUUGUAUUGUCCAUAAUUGACAAAAGCGAGUUUUUAUAUGUUUGUAAAUAAAGGUGAAGGAAUAUUUUUCAUCCAAAA